UAAAAGUUUAAUCAAGGGUUAUUAAAUUAUUUAACAAAAAUGAAACUUAAUAUAUGUACAUUUGCACGUGGAUAUUUAAGAUAAGAUAUAGGUAAGAGUCAGAAGUGAGGAGAACUAGGAAGAUAGAAGAUAGAUUAGAGAGAUGGAAGAGAGGCUUGGAGGGCUAGCACACAUGUUGACGACGGUUUUCCUGUCAUCAUUCGCCGGAUUCUUGGUAAGGCCGGUCAUGACUGACGUCACCGUCGCUGCGGUUUGCUCCGGAUUAAACGAUUCGUGCUCUCUUGCCGUUUACCUCACCGGAGUACACCAAGUGACAGUGGGACUUGGGACAAUGGUAAUGAUGCCGGUAAUCGGGAAUCUAGCCGACAGGUAUGGAAUCAAGGCAUUGCUUACGCUUCCCAUGUGCCUCUCUAUAAUUCCUCCAGCAAUAUUAGGGUAUAGAAGGGAUACAUUAUUUUUUUACACAUAUUAUGUGAUCAAGAUUAUAUUUGAUAUGGUCUGCCAAGGCACCGUUGACUGUCUCGCUCAGGCUUAUGUGGCAAAAAAUAUUCAUGGCACACAAAGAAUAUCAAUGUUUGGAGUUUUAGCAGGUGUCAGAUCAAUUUCCGCAGUUUGUGCAACAUUUGCAGCUCGUUUUCUACCCACGGCUUCGACUUUUCAGGUUACCGCUUUAUCAUUAUUCGUUGGCCUGGUGUACAUGAGAAUUUUCCUAAAAGAGAGGUUACACGGUGAUGAUGAAGAUGGCUAUGAUGGUUGUGGUGAUGAAAGGAUGUUAGCAGAGCCAAUUCUAAAAAAUGCUCCAACUAAGACACAUGUCUUCAACAAUAAGUAUUCCUCUUUGAAAGAUAUGGUCGCCUUGAUGAAGAAUAGUACACUCGUUCAAGCAUUGGUCGUUACAUUUUUUGUUACCUUCUCACAAAGUGGAAUGGAGUCAGCUUUCUUGUAUUUUCUGAAAGCCCGUUUUGGGUUUAAGAAAAAUGACUUUGCUCAACUCUCCCUGUUGGUUUGGAUCAUUGGCUCCAUAUCCCAAUUGUUUAUAUUGCGGAUAUUGGUUUCUGCCAUUGGAGAACGUAGGGUAUUAUCAACAGGGCUUCUUAUGGAUUUCUUCAACGCAGCAAUUCUCAGUGUUUCAUGGUCACCAUGGGUUCCUUAUGCCGCCACAGCCCUAGUACCCGGAGUGAUGUUUGUAAUGCCAUCUAUUUAUGGUAUUGCCUCGAGACAAAUUGGGUCCGCUGAACAGGGGAAGGUCCAGGGAUGCAUAUAUGGGGUAAAGUCAUUUGCAGAAGUCGUGGCUCCAUUUGUAUAUAGUCCAUUGACAGCAUUGUUUCUCUCCGACAAUGCACCGUUCUAUUUCCCUGGAUUCAGUCUUCUAUGCGUCGCCUUAUCUUUGAUGAUCGGCUUCCUUGUGAGUCUUCUGAUAAAAGAUGUUCCCUCUUCGUUAAUGAACAAAACAAUUGGCAGCGCUUCAAACGAGGUAGCUUGACAAGUUAAUAGUUCAUGGAGCUAUAUGUAUAUAUAUAAAUAUGCUGUAAGAUUUUUGUGAAUGUAAUGAAUGUUCUAAAAUACCAAUAUACUAUUAAUCUUACGACAUAAUUUUGUCAUUGUAAAGUAAUAGCAAAACAGUACAUUUUGUUGAA